AUGAGUCGAUAGACACAGGGAACGAGGUACCCAUGUAUGACCCACUUGCAAAGGCUUUGACCCUUAUCAGUCUUGAUGUCUGUCAAGGUGACAAAGUCAUUGUUUUUGUGCCGAAUGCUACCAUUUCGCUGCGCGUUAUGGACGGAGCAAGGGACAAACCAGACAUAGUAGGCUUUUUGGUCGAUCGCGAAGACGCGGAACAGCUGGUCGUCGAUGAAAAUCACAGGAUACGAGUUCCCUCUGCCUACGAGAUCAUUGUGGCCAUCGAGUGUAAAGUUAAAGAGAAUCAACUACUUCAAGGACAACGUUAUUGCUUCGCGGUUUCCCGACAUAGGCAUGGAUCGCCCCUGCAAUUCGGUCUUGUAAUUAACACAAAGCGUUUUCGCCUAAUAUCUAUCUCUCUGGACAACAACGCUUUUUGGAGUGAUGUAAAAUGGGAGGCGCAAUCUUUAGAGCCGAUCCGGAAGCUUUACGAAUCUAUCAGGCUCAUCUGGGAGGAAGCUUCGACAAUACGAGAUAAGCGUGUUCCUGUACCACAGUAUCUAAUCACAUUAGACAACGGAAGGAAAAGGCCUAUUGCUAUACACUCCGUGACAUUGGGUAGAAGAUUGUACUAUCUCAUUCCGAUCUUUUCUGGAAGAGGUAACGGGCGCAAGCCUUUCGUUGCAUUGGCCUUCGCGGCAGGCAACCCUGCGGAUCGGCUUGUACUCAAAUAUUCGUGGCACUCGGACAACGAUCACUCCAGAGAGUGGUACUUUCUUGAAAAGCUGAAAGAUGCACCGGGUGUUGUGCUCAUCGACGAGGCUCUAUCUAGUGAUUCCAUUCAGUACGACGAGGAGAGCGGUCGACAUCAGAACCUAAUAGCUCUGAAAACGAUAGGUCGAUCUAUUACUUCUGCUGAAUCUGUAUUGGAAUUUCUCGAAGCCAUCUAUGAUCUGCUGGAAAUACUUCAGUAUCACAUUCAUGAGCGAGACGUUUUACAUCGGGACAUCAGUUUGGGGAACGUCCUCGUUCCAGUAAUUAGUCCAUUUCAAAUACCAAAGAAAGAAGCAAAUUGGGACAAGUAUCAAUUUAUCUCGGAUUAUGAUGACGAUGACGAUGUAACUGGGGAAAAUAAACCACGACGCGUCAAAGUCGCGCUUACUGAUUUCGACCACGCACAAGACUUGACAAUGGCAACUGAUGACUUGAAGAAUGCUACGGGCACACCGAUGUUUAUGGCAGCUGACGUUCUGGCACCUCGUACAAAGAGGGCCAUGAAUUCGAUUCCGUUCGAUGAGGAUGACAUGAACUUGAUGCUGAUAGCCAUUGGUGGUAGUGGUAAGCAAUACCGUAACGGGGAGGAAGCAAAAUGGGAUAGCUUCUACCGUGAUCUUGGCCAUAUUCACUAUGUGAGGAAAAAGAACCCAGAGGAGCUCUUCCGACAUGGUGCUAUGCAUGAUGCCGAGUCCGUCUAUUACCUCUGUCUCUUAUUUUUUUGCCGUAUGGUGCGCGAGGGAGAGCAUAUCUCGGAUGCUGACUUUGGCAAGAGACAGCUUGAUAGAGGCUAUGCAUUUGAGGGCAUGGCUAAGAAGACAGCUGGUGAUCGGGAGACAAGACCGUUCGGUGACGGUCUGCCAAUAAUUGGGUUUGAACGGGAGUUCUUCAAUAUGCUCAGUGUUAUCGAAACCUACCUUGUGGUUCCUUGGUACAAUGUUAAGAAUACGGGUCAUGGCGAGCCGUUCGAGUUUCAUUUGCAUGAACUCAUGCAAAGGCUUAUCCUUAAGGAGAUUCGCAGACUCCGGGUCUCGUCGAGCAUUCCAGUGCAAGUGUAUCCGAUUGCUGUGAAGUCUAACAUUGCAGUUUACGGUAAUUUCUACACCUUCUUCUUGAGCACAUCGGGAUUGUCGAUGUUUGGGGCAUCUCAGCGACCGGAAGGCAACAAGGAGUCCACUGAGAGAAGCAGCAAACGUCCCAGGCAUGAUAUCAUCUCAGAUUUUAUGAAGAACGUUAGAUAUCAUAGUCUGUGUAGGUGGUCGACAUUCACCGAAAUAAAGGCGAAACAAUUGACGAAGGACCUGCCGGAAGAUCUCGUGAUGAUUGUGGUACACAAGAGGAAAGAAAUGUUAUGGCUUGCCAGCGAUAAAAUAGGAGUAGCCAAACUUCAGGAUUCAUCUCACGAUUCAUCCUGAAUCGUGUGAUGACCUGCAUGGUGAAUUCUGACCUGUGCUACAGGGGUUUCGGGUCACAAUUUGCUUCCAUUGGAAGUGAACCGCAAUCUGAAUCGUCAAUUCCGAUCAUAACAAACGACUGACUCACAAACUUAUGUUUGCUUAGUUUACACUAUUUCGCUAUCUCGCUUUCGCAUAUUUGCACAUAUCGAACGG